GUCCCUAGUGUCUUCACUUCACGCUACUGCGGAACAGCUGAUUGUUGAAAGAGGCGAAAAGGAAAAUUCGCAUCAAUUGGGAGGUUACUGAGAAGUAAUAUGAAAAAUAGGACUGAACAAUAACCGCGUCGCUGCCUGGAGGCACUUGACUUAACAGUUUGGACAUUAACAAGGAAAUACGUGCAACGAGUACUAUACCUUCAAAUGUGACAGAUGUUUGUUGUAAGAGAUGUCACAAAUUGAUAUUCAGGAUUUGUUUAACAAAAGCAGGUUUCCCAGCGGUUGGCGCCUUCUACUCGUAAUCUUAUAUUCGCCAAUAGGACUUGUAUUUGUGUUGCUGCGACUGUUGGUGAUACUACUAUUCUGGCUUCUAGCGUCGCUACUACCUGACUGCGAUUCUCUUCGAGCGUUCCUAAUUUUCGGCAUUAGGCUCGCUUUUGGCAUCGUAGUUAAAGUCGAUCCCGAGAGCGAGCCCAGGGACAAACAGUCGAGGAUAAUAAUCGCCAAUAAUGUGUCCGUUCUGGAUCACUUCGCUCUGCGUCGAGCGUCGGAGACGCUAAUCCCCAGCGUUUGGGAGCUGCCCGCUGCCCUGAGUAACGCGCUGGGAUUACAGAGAAUGAAUAUGAGCAGUAAGGAGGCGCUAAUCGCCAGCAUAAAGCAAUUUCUGUCAACCUCCACGUACAGCGUGGCCGUGCAGCCCGAGUUCGGCACGACCAACAGCCAGGUCGCCUUGCUGAAAUUCAACUCCUGGCCGUUUAGCAUAGAAACGUCUGUCCAGCCGGUCGCCAUCAAAGCGUCAAGAUCGGAGCUCGUACCUGUGCAUCUCACCUCGCUGGCUUCGACAUGGUUGACAGAAGUAUUUUGGUUUAUGUUCGUGCCCUAUACAGUUUUCACACUCAAGUACCUGAAAAUCAGACGAAACUCUGACCACGAGAUACUUGUGCGGGAAGUAGAAAAGGAUAUCGCGGACGCCCUGGGACUACAGACAUGUUCUCACACUGUGUCGGACAAGACGGAAUACGAAAAGCGCUACCGCACGAGGAUACUCAGUAACGCGCGUCCCAGCAGAAAUACGCCAAACUCGCAAGUUAUACAUAACAUAGAAAUACAGAGGAUGGUCCGUCAAGUCAGCGAAGUACUUCCAUUGGUUCCACCCAAUGUGAUUCUGCGAGAUCUCAUGAAAACUCGAAAUGUUGACGUUACGAUCGCCAAUAUUCUCGAUGGCAUAGUUACUUACACUCCAGAACCUGAUCCGCCAGCUCAAUCGUCUGCAACAUCGUCCAGUGGAUCUUCAAGCUCCGCGAAAGAUAAGGUAUUGGGUACCACUUCCUUCCAAGAAAAGAAAGCUAAAAUGAUACAAGAGGCCAGGGAAAGGUAUAUUAAAAAACAUGGACUGACAAAUUGCUGACAUUCUUACUACCGUUUUAUUCUGGUUAUUAACACUGUCAUUAUAAUAACAUCUAUAUAACAUGUUUUACUGUUCAUGUAUUAUAUUUACUAUUACUUCAUGUGAAUACAUCUUUAUUUCUAAAAUAUGAUCACACGUAAUUGUACAAAUACCUAUCCAUUAUAAUCAUAAGCAAUAAUUCACGGAAAGAAAUUGUCAUUUUUAUAAUGCA